AUAUUAUGAAUAUUCAUUCAAUAAAGUGAACAUAAGCAAAAAACAACAUCUCAGUAUAAAAAAGUUUAUAUAAAGGAAAAAACGUUUACACAAUGCGUUUAAAUUUAUUUCUAGUCAGCAUAUUAGCUGGUAGUUGUGUAGUAUUUGUGUUUUCAAACGAAAUGGAAAGUGAUAACAGUACAGUUAUAAGAAGAGAUAGUACAAAACAUAAAACUAGUAAUGUUGCUGAAUUGUUUGAGGUGUUUGCAGAUGUUUUAAAUGAUAAGACAAAGCAAGAAAAAGCAAAAACUUGGAAAGAAAAUUCGGUGAACAGAAUUGUUUCAGCAAAUGUUACAAUUGACAAGCAACAGCAGCAACAACAACAGCAACAACAGCAGCAGCAGCGUAGUGGAUCUUUAAUUCUAUAUAAUAGCGAUUAUUUGGGCGAAUUAGGUUACGAUUUCAACAUUGAUAACAAUUACAAUUGGGAUCCUAAUAAUCGUAUUGCUCCACCCGAUACACCUACACAUGCUUUGGGCGGUUAUGUAAUAACACCGCAACGUUUGGCGGAAAUACGUUCUUAUUUUAUGUAUUGGUUUUUCGAUCAGGAUAUGUAUGAAGGACGUGGUGAUUAUCAAUACGAUAUUCACGUUUCAACAACGCAAAUACAUAAAAACUUAAAUUUUCAAUUGCCUUUUUUCGGUUUUCGUUUCAAUUACACGAGGGUAUCUUUAAAUGGUUAUCUGGAAUUCUCUGAUCCACCUGAAUAUUAUACGUAUCCCUUGGUGUUUCCCAUUAAAGAUUGGCCGAAAAAGAAUGAUCCCUCGUUCAUUGGUAUAUUCUUUUCGAAAUGCCGUGUGGGUCGUAUAUAUGCCACCGAUAUUGAUCAACGUACACCAGGUGUUUAUUUUCGAUUGGAACGUGAUCUGAUGACACGCACUGAUAGAUUUGGUGUUGAAGUACGUGAACGCGUCAUGUGGGAUAUACGUGAGGGUGUUGUGGGUGCUGAAACGUUUAUACCCAAACAUGUUGUAAUAACUACAUGGAAGAAUGUUUCAUUUGCCGGUGGUAUUGACAAUUCUUUAUUCACGACAAACACAUUUCAAAUGGUUUUGGCGACCGAUGAAGUUUACACCUACGCUAUAUUCAAUUAUGGAGUCAUCAAUUGGUCAUCGCAUACAGAAGCCGGAGGUGAUACGACACGUGGUGAAGGCGGUGUACCAGCAUAUGUUGGUUUUAACGCUGGCAACGGUACGCAGUCAUAUGAGUAUACACCUUAUAGCCAGGAUAUGGUUGUACGUGACUUGACUGGCCGCGGUUGGGGGAACGGUUUCCCGGGUCGCCAUAUAUUCCGUAUAGACGAAAGAAUCUUAAUUGGUUCAUGCAACAAGGAUAUUGAUGCUUCACAUUUACCCUUAACUUUUGCCCCAGAAUCAGGCAACAUGCUGGGCGGUACAGUAGUUAAUAUCACUGGUCCUUGCUUUGAUCGUAAUGUGCGUGUAAUGUGCCAUUUUGAUACUGAAGAUGUAUUAGGUCAUUAUGUGGAUAAAAAUCGUGUUAUUUGCAUUCAGCCGUUCCUUAAAGCCGAAGGUUAUAUCCGUUUGGAAAUUUCCGUUGGUAAUGAACGCUUCAAAUGGCGUGGCAAAUACUUUGUUGAAACUCCCGAUGCAGCCGCAGAGAAAAUUUUUUUUGAAACUGAUGAUGUUCACAGAAAGGCACCCAAAGAGAUACGCAUUAAUUGGAAUGCUUAUAAUUUAACCACAAAUGCAAAUGCAAAUAUUAUGAUAUCGUUGUGGGGUUAUCGUGAAACCACAAUACACCCUCAGUUGGAGUAUAUUGAUGUUAUUGAAGCAGGCCUAACGAAUACGGGACAUUACGUUAUUGCUCCACAAAAUUACGCCAAUCGUAAUAAUAUCAACAAUGACUUGCAAUUCGGUUUUCUACAGAUUAAUUUAACUGAUCCCCAGCAAUAUAAUGGUUUACAAAUAAGUCCUAUAUUAUGGUCGAAGCCAAUACCUUUAGGUUGGUACUUUGGAUUUCAAUGGGAACGUAAAUACGGCCGAAAAUGGCCACGAGCCUUAUGUGACAAUUGGAUACGUAGUGAUAGGUUUUUAAGAAAUUUUGCUGCCGAUUUACCGUUGUGUCCUUGCACUUUAGAGCAUGCGCUUUACGAUAAGGGACGCUAUAGGCCGGAUCGUGAAUGUGAUAAAGAUUCCAAUCCGACUUGUUUAAGGCAUAAAGGAGCUAUACAUUGUGUAGUUAGCGGUACGCCUACAGGUCAAGGUGCUGAGCAACAGUGUUGUUAUGAUCGUUACGGUUUCUUAAUGCUAUCAUACGAUCAAAUGUGGGGUUCUCGUCCACGACGAAUUCAUAAUUUAGGUAAAAUGCCUUGGAAUGAGGCAAGCAAGGUGCCUACCUUAUCCACAUGGUUCCACGACAUGCGCCCUUUCUAUUCGUGUUGUUUUUGGCAAGAAGAACAAGCUGUAGGUUGCGAGACUUUCCGCUUUGAACGGCGUCCCUCACAAGAUUGCGUAGCUUAUCAGGCUCCGGGUGUGGCAGGAGUCUUCGGCGAUCCGCAUAUUAUAACGUUCGAUGGAACGCAAUAUACUUUUAAUGGUUUAGGAGAAUUCGUGUUGGCUCGAAGUGUUGAUGCCGAACAUCGUUUCGAAAUUCAAGGGCGUUUCGAGCAAAUGCCGCCUAAUCAACAUGGUGGAGUAGCUGCCACUCAGCUAACAGCAUUGGCCAUGCGCGGCAAUACCACAACAACAAUUGAGGUUCGCUUACGUCCAAAAGAGGCCCGUUGGCGUUACAAAGUGGACGUACUGGCAGAUGGUCGCCGUAUUUACUUUGAUCGUGAAAGUUUAAAAUUUCAACAUUUCGAUGGCGUAACCGUUUACACGCCCACAUAUCUACUUAAUCAGAGCGAGGUUGUGGUUAUGUUCGACUCGGGUAUAGGUGUUGAAGUUGUAGAGAACGAGGGCUACAUGACCGGACGAGCAUAUUUGCCCUGGCACUUUAUAAAUAAAACUUCCGGAUUGUUUGGCAAUUGGAGUUUUAAUCCGCUGGAUGAUUUUGUUUUACCGAAUGGUCUAAUGCUCACCUUAAACCUAAAUGAUUUCGAACAAUUGCAUAAAGAGUGGGCGAUGAAGUGGAUGCUGGCCGAUCGCGAUUUGUCUGGUUUAGGUUCGGCUUUAUUUACGCGAGAAUUUGGCAAAUCGGCCAGUUAUUAUUCGAAUCAAUCGUUUGUGCCAAAUUAUGAAGCAGAACCAGAAAACUUUCUACCAGCGAAUCGAUCCUAUGAUAUUGAGCGGGCCGAAGAAUUGUGCGGAGAAAGUUAUCAGUGCCGUUAUGAUUAUGGCAUGACUUUGAAUCGAGAUUUGGCACAUUUUACAAAAAAUUAUUACGACAGCAUAAUAAACAUAAGAACUUUGAAUUCCAAACGUAUUUUAUCAUGCGGCGUCUUGGAAACGCCUCGUUUUGGUCGUAAGUUAAGUUUCAAUUUUAUGCCGGGCGCAAAAGUUUCCUUCGAAUGCAAUGAGGGUUUCGUUUUAAUUGGCGACCAAAGACGCGAAUGUCUAUCCAAUGGUUUAUGGAAUAUGCCCGAACACGGUUAUACGGAAUGUCUUCGUGAAGUUUAUUAUACGAGGCGCGUGGCCUUCAUAGCAAUUGGCAUUAUUUUAGCUGUUAUAUUGCCAUUGAUGCUGUGCAUUGUUUGUGGGGCUUAUCGUUUCCGUCAGAAACAGCUUAAGGAAAAUCCGCAAUGGCAAAUGUCUUUGCCGCGUUCAAGGGCAUCGUCGCGUACAAAUUUACGUCAAAUAAGUAACGGUCCCGAUGAUGACAGCGAUACGGAUCAAAUGGGAACUAUUAAAAAGAGUAGGUCUUAUGAUAAAGUAUAUCACACGAAUGAACCACUACCGGGCAAACCCCGAAUUGACUUUCCAGCUAAGAAAUGGGAUCUCGAUGAGGAGGACUUCACAUCAUCGGAAGGUAGUGGAAAUAAAGAUUCGAAAUUAGCAAAGGAUAUUGAAUACAUUAAUAAAACAGGUGAAAAAACAAAACAAGUUGGUAGACGAUCCUUACAUUCAAGCUCGGGACAAGAUGAGGGUACAGCGAUUGACGAACAAGAUGAACUCGACGAUGUGGGAAGUUUGCAGUCACCUACUUAUAAACGGAACGGUUUCACUGAUUUACCGAACGGUUUAAAACAGCAGCAAUAUAGUCCUACAUUUAGUGCGAUCGAUAGCCGAAAUAGUGGGGCCAGUUCCAUGAGUUAUCAACCGAAUCAAACGCGUUAUGGUGGUGUUGCAGUAUUACCAAAUGCUAACGGGCAAUUUUUCAAUCGUACAUCUAACGCACGUCCCGCGCCCAUAGUAACUGCAUUAUCACAAGAAAAUGGCUUACCUUCACCGCCGCAUGGUGCUUCGCCAACACCUUCGGUGCAAAAGUCUACAGAAGUUUAGCGUGUAGGCAUGUAAUGCAUUACUCGAGAUUUAAACCGUAAUGCAAUUUCCCAUCUUUUGUUUACUAAAAGGAUAGCCAUGACUUUAUUAAUUCUCUUCUCUUCAUACAUACUUCAAUGUUAUAAUAUUUAAUUUUCCUAUACGUUCAAUUUUAAUCCUUUUUAAUUACUUUAAAAUGGAAAUAUUUUUUAUAUAUAUUUGUAAUAUAAUAACAGAUUUCAUCGCAUUUCAUGUGCAUACAUUUUUCGCUUUAAAUCAUUUCAUUAUUUUUGCUUUCACACGUGUUUAUUAUUCAUAUGUGUGUGUUAUGCAAUUGUACAAUGAAACAAUAAAAAAAAAAAAUUUGUAUUUUCCAAUUAAAAGCUUGCAAUUUUAGUAUUUAUUAAUUGUUUGAGUCAAUUAUUUGUGAUUAUAACAUUCACUUAAAUGAAUUUUGGGCUUUUAAAUUAAAUACUAAUAAGUAAUUAUUUGUUAAUUUCACUAAAUAUAUAAAGCUGACAUAAUGCCAAUUGCUUCUCGUUUCAACACUACUGUUGGUGUUCAAGUUCGAUUCUAAACAUUAAAUUCAUUAAUAUUUUCAUAGAAAUCCAACUAUCUUGACUGUAAUACUAUCCGCUAGAUUUGUCAAAUAAUCCGUUCUCUUUCAUUAAGUAAGAAAAUCGUUUAGCUUUGUAGCGAAUCUUAAGUAAUGUGUUUUACGCAAAUGUGCGAAGGCCUUAAAGCGAUACGUUAUCAACCAAUAAUUAGAUUUCAAGUAGCCAGCGAUAUUACUUUAAAGCUCGACUUUUUUAAAAAUGUUUUUCAAUUUAUUUCCAGCCAAUGAAGGCAAAUGGCCUUUCAAGGCUUUUAGAGAAAUGUACCUCUCAGCAGUUCGAAAUUUUCUGCUCAUUCUUUCCCUUCAAUGU